AUGAGAGGACUCGGAUAUCUAGCCAUAGGAGUACCCCGGAGUUUCUAUUCGUUCGGUAGAUUUGGGACUACACUACCUGCAAGUCAGUCUGCCGCAAGCUCAAGACAAUGGCUGAAUACAGCGACAGAACCAACUUUCACGGCUGGCCAUGUGCCAUCCAACAGCAUCGACACUGACCCCUCUCCGCCAUCUAGUCAUGCAAAUUAUGCCGACUAUGCACAAUCUGCGCAAUCUUUCCACCACUCCGUCACUGACCCUUCUACUGUUGCCCAAACGAACCAGCACCUCAUCCACGAUACCUCUGUCCCAAAUUCCGGCUAUGCCUCCGUGAAGGAAGACAAAAACGGCGACUUCGCGACCCAUUCCGACACGGAGGUGCUUAGGGCAGCCCCUCUGGAACACGCAUUCGCGGGUGGCCAUUAUGUCGCGCGGUCCGACAUUCGAGUUACCUGCGACGCCGAAUCCGAAGAGCUAGGAGGAAACGGUGGUGGUGGGCUGGUGGAGAAUCUUCGCGGCGACGAUGCAAGGGAUGCCCGUCCCAGCCCUAAGCUUCAGGAUUCGUAA